AUGGAUGUAACAUUUGAGGUGUUUUAUGACAGGGCUCAGUAUACCAAACAUAUUAAGCAACACAAUGCAAAUAAGGUUUCCGAGUGUGAGUACUGCCAAAAACAAUUCGACAAAGCGAAGAAUUUGAGUGAACACAUCAGGCUCCAACACAAGCAAGAUGAAGAGAAGAAGAAGUGCUCUAUUUGUGGAAAGGAGUUCAUAAACAACGCUUUGCUCAAGAACCACGUUAAAACCCAUGACAAAUGUUUCAAGUGUCCACAUUGUGAUAGAUUUUUUUCAUCAAG